UUAUAUUAUUGUUGUUUCUUCCAGAUUGUAAGGGAUGUUACGAUAAACGAUAAACCAGCAUACCCCUACAGAGGUCUUCACUUAGAUACAUCGAGGAAUUAUGUCACAGUAGAUAAGAUUAAGAAAACUAUUGAUGCCAUGGCUGUGGUGAAGCUGAACACAUUCCACUGGCAUAUUACCGAUUCCCACAGUUUUCCAUUCGUAUCUGAAAGAAGACCUAAUCUCGCCAAACUUGGAGCUUACACUCCCAGUAAGGUAUACACAAGGAAGGUAAUGGAGGAAAUAGUCGAAUACGCCCAUGCGAGAGGCAUUCGCGUGUUGGCCGAGAUCGAUGCGCCCGCGCACGUCGGCGAGGGCUGGCAGGAUACCGGACUCACUGUUUGCUUUAAGGUUGAACCAUGGAACGAAUACUGCGUGGAACCACCAUGCGGUCAGUUCAAUCCGAUCAAAGAAGAACUGUACGAUUAUUUGGAAGAUCUUUAUACAGACAUUGCAGAGAUAUUUAAACCGGAUAUCUUCCACAUUGGAGGUGAUGAAGUGAGUGAGAAGUGCUGGAACUCUUCUGAUGAUAUCAAACAGUUUAUGGUACAAAGUCGGUGGAACUUGGACAAGGAAGGAUUCCUUAACCUGUGGCAGUACUUCCAGAAGAAGGCUGAAGAUAAAAUCACCAAGGCAGUCGGUUCGAAGCUUCCGCUCAUCACAUGGAGUAACACGAUGACGAAUCCUUCAUUGAUUGAAAAAUAUUUGAAAAAAGAAGACUAUAUUAUUCAGAUGUGGACACCUGGAGCCGACCCGCAAGUCACCGGCCUAUUAGAACUGGGCUACCGACUGAUCAUGUCUAAUUACGACGCUCUCUACAUGGACUGUGGAUUCGCCAGUUGGGUUGGCACAGGUCAUAAUUGGUGCUCCCCGUACAUCGGGUGGCAGAAAGUAUACGACAGCAGUCCUGCUGUUGUUGCAGGGGAUCGUAAAAGUCAAAUCCUAGGUGGCGAAAUAACUUUAUGGACGGAACAAGCGGACUCGAGCUCCGUAGACGGGCGAUUGUGGCCACGAGCGGCUGCCUUCGCCGAGCGAUACUGGGCCGAACCAGAAACAACGUGGGUUGAGGCACAGAACAGGAUUCUGAGUAUCAGAGAACGCCUGGUCCGUAUGGGAGUGGAAGCAGAUUCUUUGCAACCCGAAUGGUGCUACCAGAACGAAGGAAAAUGCAAGACCUAAGCCAGUCUUGACUUGUUUACUUCACUGUACACAUUUAGCUAGUGAAUUAAUUAACAUAUCGCCGCUUUUCGAGAAAAAAAACCCAAAUUAAAAUAAUACAUUAUUUAAAUUAUUACACAACCGUAUUCGCCAUAUGCGCUACAUUUUAUUGUGAAAAAGAUACAGAGUUUUCCCUUGGCUAAAACAACCAAGCGACAGUAUUUCCGCGUUAGACAUCAAAGUUCGAAUUGAUUGAUAAUUAUUAUGAUAAGUACCACGACAAUUAUCGUGAAUAUAUAUAUAUAUAUCUG